AUGGCUAUUCUCAAUGACCACACAAAAUUCAAACGAAUUACAGCUGAAGUUUCCACCCACUUACUAUACCUGGAAGACAAAUUAAAUAGAUUGCUUCAUACAAUUAAAUCCUCUAUCAGUGUUAGUACCUACAACCUUCUCAUGACUUCUGGCUCCAGACCUGGCACACUUUAUGGGCUGCCUAAAGUUCACAAGGACCUCAUCACCUCUGAAACCUCCUGUCAAAAGAUGAAAUCUUUAUUAACUGAGAGAGAGAGUCAGCACAGCCUUGGUAGCCUGAGUUCAUACGGCUCAAGCGAGAGUGAACCUAAAUCUGCGCAAUCUGACCCUGGAAGGUACACCCAGGAGAAUCACGUUUUACGUUACUCAAAAGACAGCUCAGGCUCUCUCGCGUCAGUCAAGUCAGUCUCAAGUUUAGAGUCAUGUGGCAAUGGUUUGGCAGAUGAAGAGCUCUUGGAAGCAGCUGAGAUACCCCUUGAUGGCCGUGUGUUCCUGAGUGUGAGCGUCCCCUCGACAGAGGUUCAUACUGAGCCAGGAGGAUCGCAGUACACACUCUAUACUAUUCAGUAUGAUGCUAUUUACCUGUGUGAGAGUGCAGCAACACCCCAGACAGAAGGGGCAGAGGAGGUGGCAAAAGAACCUUUGGCUGUUCCAGAACCACGGAUGGUACUUCAAACAAACUGCGUGAAAAGGAGAUUAUGUGAUUCCCCAGUUCCUCAAGAAGGCUGUGAAGAAGACUGGAGGCUAGAGAUGGUAAUGAAUGUGGCCUAGGCUCUUAACGUGACUUUCACUUACUCUGGCUCUGUUGGUAUCCUAUUCAAACUGCAGGUAGCGAAGUAUAGUGUGUGAUAGAAGGGCUUGGAAUUUCCUCCUGCAGAAGAGUUUGGGGAAAUCUUCUGAUCUGCAUCUUUAUAUCUUUAUAUACUUAGCAAACUAAGAUAAAGAGCUGUUUUGUUCAUCAUUGGUUGCCCUCAGUUGGCUGUUAUAAAGGAAAGAAAAAUUAUGCUUACAUGAAAUGCAUUUUUUGUUUUUAAAUGAUGAGGAUUAGUGAUGAAUUUUGUACUUGAAGUAGAAAACAAAUGAUAAUAAUACAGGUGUCAGCAUGCAAGUUAGUCUUAUCUAGGAAAAGAAUCCUUAUAGCUCUCUAGCAGAAAAAAGAGAGACUGUAAAAGUUGUGGGUUAAGAAUAUAUUCCAACUCGCUUUCCAUAUUCCUUACUUUCUGUAACACUGUGGACUGAGCUAAUAUCUUUUUACCAGUUUUGUGGUAACCCAUUAAAUGAGGUAUUAAAGAUUGGCUAAUGGCUAUCAAUGUGGGAUUGCUGUGCACAUUGGUGAUUUUCCCCAUUUGUACCCAGCUAGUUUGAUACUUCAAACACAUUAGAAACAAAAAAUUGAGAAAACUUGAAGGUUUCCCUUCAGCAUAAGUCUCUAUAUGUAAUAGUGACACCAAGCAAAUUAUUGUGGAAAGAUGAGCUCCCUCUAA